AUAGAAAAAGGAAUGCAUAACGUUAUUGCGUAAGUACCAUUAUUACCUUCUUCUUUUCCCCAAUCCCACUUAUUUUUUUCUUUCUUUUGAAGACCCCUGGGAUGAGGGAGACCUGAGAUUCGCGCCUUGGAACUCCAUGGUGCACUCAUUGCCCAGCAGCUCUGAAUCAUACCUGAGUCUCUCUGUAGGCUAUUUCCCCUGUGAGGACAACUUUUCCUAUGAGAACAUUAUCUCCUGUGAAGACACAUCUCCUGAAGGUCCUUCAAUCCACUUUGUCCCUCCUACCCAAGGGACACGGCGGACUGAAAACACAGGGAGACUCCUGGGGAAACGAGACCAAACACAGGACGACCCAGAGCAGUUGUGCAAACUAAGCAUCACCCUGGCCUGGGAGGUUGACAUGGCUCUAAGUGGAGACAACCACUUAGAUGGUUGGAGAGACAAGAAUCCCAAAGAGAAGACACAACUGACUCGCAGCAAACUGGAUGGUCUUGUGCAAAAGCUUGAGAAGUUUCUAGAGAACCAGGAAGAUGAUGAAGAGGGGGACUCUGUGCUCCAUGAAUCUGCUCGGGAGGGAGACUCUCAGCUGCCUAGCAGCUCCCCGCCAGGUACGGCUCAGGUUAGUCAUUAAGGACAUGAGAGCCAUCAAGGCUUGGCCAAGUUCAACCCAUCAGAAAAUGAAGAUAUCAUCCAGUUUCCACAGAUUCCUCCAAGGCUUCAGAAACAUGAGCUUGCUGAAGUGAGCACAGAGGUGCCUC